AUGGAAGGAGGAGGAGGAGGAGGAAGAAGUGGUGCUGGUGGGGGUAUGUUCCAGCUGUUGGUUUGGGCUGCUGUGCUGGGGCUGACGUGGCCAUGUGAGGCCAUGGCCCCUGUGCAAGACGCAUUGCAGGCUUGUCAGAGAGAAAGAGAGAGAGACAGAGUCAGAGCCAGGAUUAUUUCUGGGACUCCUGGAUGUGAAGGUCCUCCAACCUGUGUGGUGAUGGCUUCUUGGAAGCUUUGGGAGAGGUGGUUAGCCCUGGUGGCACUCUACUGGACUGCUUUGUCUUUGACUGCUUCCACUGCCUCACUGGCCCUGGGUGCUUCUGAGUUCACCAGUGCCUUUUCAGAUAGGUACACUGACUACACAGAGGCCAGGAUGUUUGUGAAUGUGACAGACAAUAACAUUGGAGUGAGCCAGGUGUCAAGGAUAUUGAAUGCCAAGAAGAAAUUGGAGCUAGCAUACAAGGCAAAUGCAAGUGCAGUAGUAAUCUACAACACAGUUGAUGAUGAGCCAUUGACAGCAGAUCUCAAGUACAGCAAUGUCAAAUACAACCUGGUGACGUCAAUGAGAAGCAGGAUCCCAGCUGUGUUUGUAAACAAGGCUGAUGGUGAAAGAUGGAGAGAAAUGCUGGAGAAUGGAACUUCCAUCUGGGUAGACAUUAUUCCAGGCAACUUUAUGUCACCUCACUACAAACACAUCAACAAGACCUCCAUUUUAUUUGUCAGUGUGUCCUUCAUUGUGCUCAUGAUUGUUAGCCUGGCCUGGCUCAUAUUCUACUACAUUCAGAGGUUCAGGUACAUCCAUGCCAAGGACAGACUGGCUAAGAGGCUGUGUUGUGCUGCCAAGAAAGCAUUGUCCAACAUUCCCAUCAGGCAUUUGAAAGCUGCAGACAAAGAAGUGCAAGGAGAAGGAGAGAGUUGUGCAGUGUGCAUUGAAUCCUUCAAGGUCUCUGAUGCAGUCAGGGUCUUACCAUGCAGGCAUGAGUUCCAUAAGACAUGUGUGGAUCAGUGGCUGCUAGAUCAGAGGACAUGCCCUAUGUGCAAGAUGGAUAUUCUCAAAUUCUAUGGCCUGAAACUGGCUCCUGGGAUGACUGAGUCUCAGGAGAGCAUUAUCCAGAUAGACACUGAUGACCUUGUUAGCACACCUCCUUCUGAACCUGGAAUGGGUUUGAGAGGCUUCAAUUACCUGGGCACUGAUGGGGUGCAGUCUGGACAUAUCUUCAGGUGCGGGAUCUCAAUAUCGGGCUGUGGGGGUGGCGGGGGAUCCCCGGCGAGAUCCCUGAGCAGUCGACCAGGAUCCUCUGCGUCGUGCACCGGGGUCCACGUGGUGGUGAGAACCCGCAACAACAGCACCGCCAACAACGUGGCCCUGGACAUUGAGGAGUCUUUGCCGCAAGUGCAGCAGCAGCUCUUGUUGCGCAGGGCAUCCGCAGCACCCGCAGUCUCCGACUACGCUCCGUCAACAGUCCUGGUCGUGGAAGAAGACGACGACGACGAUGAGAAGGACGAUGCUCAGGAGCAGGAGCACCUGGUUUUGAGUCCAUCAUCAAGGGAGGAGCAGGAGCAGGAGCAGGAAGAGGAGCAAGAAGUGGACUAUGGCACCAGCCCUACUGCAAUGUCGAAGAGUAGAUCCCAUCAUCAGGAUGAGUGCGAGAAGGUUAUGCGGGAUGAUGAUGAUGCUGAUGGAGAUGAGUAGAUGAUUAAGUGUAGAGAAGGCCGCCAUUCCAGGUUUCUUCUUUUCUUCGUAUUUUGGAAGGAGAGGAAAAAUAGGGAAAGGGUUGUCUGGUUUCCGCGUGAACUAAAGCAGAUGUUUCGUAAUUCGUAAGUGGUUCUUACAAAGGAAUUUUUGAACCCUUGAUGUUUUUUUUAAUCUUUGCUAACCCAAGUUUGAGAGAAAAGAAGAAGAUAUACAGAGACCUGCAAAACAGUUAAUAAAUACAGUAAUAAAUGAGUAUCCCGCAAAUAAGUUUCAUGUUUUAUGACUUGGUAUACAUGGGAAAUAUGAAAUAUUAUUGAAUAAUACAUGUGAUGGCCAUGAAAUCAUAUUUAAGGAGACGGGAAAAUAACUGAUCUUGUCCAGUUUUCUUUCCUGAUUACUGAACUCACUAUUUAAAAUGGUUUCUAAUUUGAUGUUCACUCUAAAAUUGUUUGAAAAUUAGCAACUCUGCAUUUUUUCUGCAGCCAUGAUUGAUGGGAAAUAAAUAUUCUGUAAUUUCAUUGAGCAGAAUAAUGCUCAGAAUAGUAAUCCCUGAAUUUUUUGAGAAUGGGAGAAGAGUUUUACGUUGAAAUUAAAAUAAAUAGCUAUGUUCCGGCGGAAAUCAGGCUAUCCUCAUAUUCUUGAGCAUGCAUUAUGGCAUUGAAUGUGAUCAUGUCUUAAAGCUGACUGUUGAAGUGUUAUCUGUUUAGGCUUUUCAUUUUCCUUUCAUGUCAAAAGUCACUCGAGAUAUAUUUACUUGAUAUAAGAAUAUUCUUUUCCCCGCUGUAAAGUUUCUGUAUACUGUACAGUAUACUAAUUUAUGUAUUUACUGAAGUAUAUUCUGGACUGUUAGAUAGUAUCUUUACCCUCCUUAGAGUGUAUCGGUUUAAAAUCUUCUACCUGACAACGGGGAAUUUAAAGGUUUUCUUCAUUUUCUGGUAACGAUCCAGUUUUUUUUAGAAGGUACAAUGUGAUUUUUGUGUUGAAGUGGAUCUCAGUUUCACAGGAUUGGAGUGUGUGAAAUGUAGGCCAGAGCUUAUGAACGAGAGUUUUUUUGAUGCUGUGGUGUUACAUGCCAUUGAUUGAUAUGAAAUGUGGAAUUUUGGGAAGGAAAAUAAAUGUGUGAUGCAUAUAAUA